CUAAUCUUCCCUUUUUUUUAUCAUUAUAUUUUUAUUUAUUAUCUUAACUUCUCCAACUAGUCUCACUUGUAGUAUAAGAUAAUAUAAUGAAAAGUUACAAAUUCGCAUCGAAUGUGUAUGCAAUUGGUGCUUUUGCUGCCGUUGCAGGCCUCAUGUUUGGUUUCGACAUUGGGUCAAAUUCAGGUGUCAUUGGAACUACCCAAUAUCAAGAAUUUUUUAAUAAACCAGGUUCAGUUUUACAAGGUGGAAUUAACGGUGCUCUUUCUGCCGGUUGCUUUGUUGGUGCUUUACUUGCUGGUUUCCCAGCAGAUAGAUACUCUCGUAAAUACACACUUAUUGGUGCUUCGGCUUUAUUUAUUGUCGGAUCCAUUUUCCAAGCUGCCUGUAAUGGUGUAGCAAUGCUUUGUGUCGGUCGUGUACUUAACGGUCUUUCCGUUGGUAUUACAUCUAUGAUUGUUCCUCUUUAUCAAUCUGAAAUCGCACCUAAAGAAAUCCGUGGUCGUAUUGUAGCUGUUCAACAAUGGAGUAUUACCUGGGGUAUCAUGAUUGCCUUUUGGGCACAAUAUGCCUGUCAUUUCAUCGCUGGUCCUCUUGCCUUUCGUAUUCCAUGGGCCAUUCAAGGUAUUCCUGCUGUCAUUGUCUGUGCCGGUAUGUGGAUGUUCCCUUUUUCCCCCAGAUGGCUUGCAGAUAAGGGACGUAUGGACGAAGCCUUGCAAGUUCUUGCUGAUAUCCAUGGCAAUGGCGACCCCAAUCAUCCCCGUGUUAUCUUAGAAAUGGAAGAAAUCAGAGCCACUAUUAAAUUUGAUCAUGAAAUUGCUUCUCAUCGUUAUGCCGAUUUAUUAAAGCCUGGUAUGCUUUACCGUGUUUCUCUUGGUGUCUGUCUUCAAAUUUGGCAGCAAUUGACCGGUAUGAACAUUAUUAUGUUCUACGUUGUCUUAUUAUUCCAACAAGCUGGUAUUGGUGAGGGUGAGCAAGCCACUCUUAUUGCAUCUGGUGUAUCAUAUGUUGUCUUUGUUAUUAUGACUGUUCCUGCUAUUAUUUAUGUUGAUAAAUGGGGUCGUCGACCCACUUUGAUUUUUGGUGCUCUUGCCAUGUCUGUUUUCCUUUGGAUUGUUGGUGCUAUUUUAGCUACUGGUGACUGGUCUACUAAUAGUGAUAACAAAUGGGUCGUCGAACUUCCUUCUAAAUCCUAUACAAACGGUGUCGCUGCAUGUGUCUAUUUGUUUGUUGCAUCUUUUGGUUCCACUUGGGGUCCUCUUGGCUGGAUUUAUCCUGCUGAAAUUUAUCCUCUUCGUGUCCGUGCUACCGCUGUUUCUUUGUCAACUGCAUCCAACUGGCUUUUUAACUGGGCUUUAAAUUUCUUUGUUCCCAUGUUGAUGGAAAAAAUCCAUUACGGUCUUUAUUUCUUGUUUGCUGCCUUCAACUUCUUGGCAAUGGUUCACGUGUACUUUUGCUAUCCUGAAACCAAGGGCUACACUCUUGAGGAAAUGGAUAUUGUUUUCGAACAUAAUCCUCGCAAGAAGAUUCCUCGUGAGACUAUGGAUUUGUGGUUGAAUGAGAAGGGUCUCCGUCGUGAAAAUGAACAUCGCGAAUAUGAAAAAAAUAAGGCCAUUGAAGCACAAAAUCUUGAUAGCUAUCCUUCCUCCAUCCCCGAAAAGACUGGUCAUGCUGAUUCUGUAUAAAACAGACAUCCCUUCCUCUUUAUUUCCCAUCCUCAUUGUAUUUUAUAAUAUUCUGUUAACAUCUAUUUGAAAUAGUUUUCUAAUCCACAUCAUCUUAAUUCAUUCAUAAGUAUAUCUACUAAAUUCAAAAUACUGAAUACUCAAUAAAUAUUAAAUAUUCUUAAUACAUAA